AUGCCGUGUCAUCCAAACAUUUAUCGAUGGAUUGAAUCAAUAGCGGAUGAAGACGUCCUAGCACAUACGAGAUAUCAACAAGAAUUAACUGGACAAAAGCCAACCAAGAAACAACAUGUAUCAACUGAGAAUCAAGCAUUUAAAUUGUGUAUAAAUAAAGAAGCGUAUGAACUGGGUGAAAUGAGUGUUGAAGAAUAUAUGUCGAGUGUACGGGCAGUAGCUUAUCGCUAUAUAGACGAAAUAUCACAAUCAACUAAGAAUAUAUGA